UGUGUGAGCCCCAUGAUGACUGCGAAGGACAUUACACAUGUGCUGAUGAUGGAAGCAAAAUAUGCCUUGCUAAUUGGACUGAUAAUGGUUGCAAAACAUGGGUUGGGGAACCAUAUGAAUGUGUUUUAAACAAAGGAUAUAAGAUAUAUAAUGAUCUAAGAGGAAUGUGGGAUGGUUCCGUGGAAUGCACAGGUAAAAUUCCUCUAAGUUACACAUUGAACAUCACCGUGACAUCAGAUAUAACAACCCCAUCUGGAAUAUUUGAACUGAGUUACAACGCAUCAGAUGGAGUACAUUAUACAGCUAAAGGAACAUAUGAGCAAAAUGGC